UUGCCGGUUAUCAUCACUGAUUGUUGUGAUUGUGUAAAUAUUGUGUAUAUGAAUUAUACACACAAAUGAUUGAAAAUGAUUAUUUAAUACGUUAACUGAAAAUGUAUUCGCUUUAGGACAGACAAAAAUUCGAAUCAGUUACGGAUAUCUUGUUCUAAAGCAAGGUUAUAAAAAGAUCAAGUGGCUUCUAAUAUUUUUGUAUGUAAAAUACAAUUAUGGUACGAUAUUUCUUUAGGUUUUCGUACAUUGGAACGCAGUAUAGAGGUGUACAAAAACAAGUUUCCGUGCCAAAUAUACGGGAUGGUGAUACCGUGCAAGGUGCUUUAGAAGCUGCUCUAUUAAAUAUUUUGCCAAAAACUACAAUUAGACCAAAUAUAUAUCUUUCUAGCAGAACAGAUGCUGGAGUCCAUGCUUUAUGCAACGCUGGUCAUGUGGAGCUUGAAAACAAAUAUAAUGUUUUAUAUAAGGAUGAUAAUAUAAAAGCAUUUGUUAAUCGUUAUUUUAACAAAUGUGGUCAUACUAUCAGAUUAUUGGAAUUUACACCUGUUACGAACGACUUCCAUGCAAGGGGAUCAUGUAAAUCCCGGACUUAUAUAUAUAGAUUUAUGAUACCCAAAGUACCUGGAGAACAGAGAAUACCCUUAGUAGAUGCACCACAUACUUACUUAGUGAAAGCACAUGAUUUCGAUGUAGAUAGAGUCAAAUGUGGUACGCAAUUGUUUAUGGGAGUAAAAGAUUUUACUACAUUUUCUUCGAUGUCAAUAACAAAUCGGAAAAUUGAGUAUGUACGUGCUUUGCAUGACUUUACUUUGGAAGAGGCACAAUCUUUAAUAUCUUUUGAUCCGCUAUCUGAGAAUUUUAGAUAUUUCCAGUUUGUAUGUAAGGCAAGAUCCUUCUUGUAUAAUCAGGUGAGACGAAUGGUCGGUGCUCUAAUAUCCUUGGGACUAAGGAAAAUAACAGAAAAAGAUAUCAAUGUUAUGCUACAAGUUCCUUCGCAUCAUAAUUGGAAUCCCCGUGCCUCGUCAGCACCAGCAAAUGGUUUACAUCUUGUGAAUUUAGAAUACGAUGAAGAGGAACUAAAACGUUGUACCUUAUCAGAGGAGCAACAUGAAAAAAUGUUACUGGAACAGCAGGAUCAGAAAGUGCAGUCAGAAGAACAAAAUCAAGAUCUGCUACCAGAGGAGCAAGAAGAACAAGAGCAAGAACGACAGCAAGAAUUAGCAAAAUAAAAAGAAAUUGUUUAUAUAUCUGUGUUGAAAUAGUUGGAA